GACAUACCAAGUUGAUCCAUUUUCUCCCCACAAACACACAUGGAAAAAAAAAAAAAUUCCUAUUGCUCAUUUUGCCUCCCUAAUCUCUUUCUCUGUCUGUGACUCACUCUGGUUCUCUUCACCAUACCCAGUUGACCCAUGCUUUGGCUAUGCGACUUCUCUUCCCAGUCUUGCUUUGGUUCACCUUAGAAUUCAAUAACAACAAGCAUUCAUCGAAGCACAAUUCCUCUCAAAGACCAAUCGCAAUCAUCUCCAAAGAACUCCAAGAGAUCCAAAUCAACCCAUCUCACGCCCUACCUCACUGCAUCCCAAAAAACCCCAAGCUCCAAUUCUUGACCCCUCACACAAAUCAAACCCCUGGACGUUGCGGUGGGACGCUGGUGGUAGAGAAAAAGAAAGAAAUGAAGAUGGUAGAUGAUGGGUCAGAAUCAGCAGUGUCAUCUGUAACAGCAGUGAGUGAAGAGGAGGAGCUGGAUCAUCACCUGCUUGCGGCACCCAACAGCGAUGUGGCAUUUCUGAAGGAAAAACCAGUGAGGCUAGCAAAAGAGUUCCUCUAA